CUUUUUGCACCCGCGGACGUCGAUUUGCCUCGGAAUUAAGACGGUGCUUUAAGGGUAGACGGUCGGUUGCGCUAUAAUUUAACAUCGUGCGGGAGGUGGAGCCGCCGAACAGAGCAGCGCGCGCACCACGACAUUAUUAUUCCUCUUAAGUGCAUACUGCAAUCAUGAGUGAUUCAGAAAAACAAACCGUCUCCCUUAAGGACAAGGAUGGAGUAGAGAAAAGAGGACGAGGAAGACCAAGGAAGCAUCCUAAGGAAUCCAGUGGGUCACCAAGUGCGAAAAAACCAAGAGGACGACCAAAAGGCAGCAAAAACAAAGGCCCAUCCAAGAGAAAAUCAUCGACCUCUGGCAGCAAAGCGAAGGGAAAGCCUAAGAAAGAGGAAAAGGAAAAACCUCAGGAUUCGUCUGAGGACGCUGAAGAAGACGAGGAUGAAGAACAGUAACAAUCUGACCGGAGCACUACCUCAUAUUCAACCAAACCAACAGCAGUCUGCUCUCCAACCUGUGGACAACACAGAAUGUCUUUCUACAACCACAAAAGGACAGUAACCGAUCCUGCAUAAUACAUGAGCUUCAUGUCAUUAGAUCAACUAUACUGAAGAAAUCACAACCACAAUGCAUACAAUUAUGUGUUUCCAGUUAUUUCUACUAUAUAUAUAUAAACACACACACAAAUAUAUAUAUAUAUAUAUAUAUAUAUAUAUAUAUAUAUAUAUAUAUAUAUAUAUAUAUAUAUAUAUAUAUAUAUAUCUAAAUUGGACUGAGGUGCUUUUUUACUAUAGCAUUGUUUGUAGUUUAGUCACUUUUGUGUCCAAGUAGGAAGAUAGAUUUAGAUCAAGCUAUAAUUUAAUAUGUGACAUCCUAAGCUUAAUAGUUCUUAUAGAAUGGAUUCAUUUUGAAUGUAGCCAGUCAAACUACACUGUAAAAAAUAUCUGUAAAUGAGCUUUUUUCUGUAUUUUCCCCUGUUUUUUAUGCUUUUAAAUUGAAUUAUGGGACUUUGAUUAUUCUUCCGUCAACUUUUAACCUUGAAAAGUUUGAAAAGGGACAUUUAUUACGGUUUUUAAUAGUUUAAAGUGAUAUAUUGUCUGGUUUGGCGGGGUAUAUUAAGCUACAAAAACCUUGUGAUAAACUGCCAGUGCAUUUUCUGCUAUAUUACACUCUUAUUUCUCUAUAUUUAAUAAUUUUAUAAACUAUUAAAACGACUAAAAUGUCAAUAAAAGUCACUUUGUUAAACUGCAGAGUUGAAUUUUCAGCAUCAAAAGUUGACAGGAUAUCCCAUAAUGCAAUUCACAACCAUAAAUAAAUGGAUAAUUAACCGAUAUUUAUUUUACAGUGUAGCUUUUUGUUAGUGUAGCUGUGCAACUAUCAUCAUUGAGUAUUUGUUUGAAGGCAGGGGACUUGUAUUUUGUAGUAACUGAAAAAUAAGUUACCCUGACCAGGAGUGUAUAGAUUUUAGCAGCUUAUAAAUGUGAUGUUUUCCACUAGAAUCCCCAGAAAUCAGCAUUGAGGAUUAUAACACACGGUUUGUGUCUGGAUGUACUGUGUAUUUCUAUAUUUGUUGGUCACUGUAGAAGUUCCUGGAAGCAUCGUUACGUUUUUGAAGCCAUCGCUGACACUGAUCUCUCGGGUACAAAUUGCACUUUUAAACUGAUUCGCAGAAAACAGUUGAUUCGUUUUUGAUGGUAUAUUAUGCUAGACGACAUUCCUGGUAACAAAAAAUAGCACUAUUUUAAAACUGCAUGAUGAUACUUAUUGUGCUUAUUCCUUUUUAAGAAACAAUGUGGCCAUUUUUGGAUUUCUUAAAUGGUUAAAAAAAAGUUGGAAUUUAAAAAAACAAUAUAUACACUUACCGGCCACUUUAUUAGGUACACCUGUCCAACUGCUCAUUAACGCAAAUUUCUAAUCAGCCAAUCACAUGCCAGCACCUCAAUACAUUUAGGCAUGUAGACAUGGUCAAGACGAUCUGCUGCAGUUCAAACCGAGGUAUGCAAAGGAGCAUCAACAUGUCCAACCUUGAGGCAGAUGGGCUACAACAGCAGAAGACCACACCGGGUGCCACUCUUGUUAGCUAAGAACAGGAAACAGGCUACGAUUUGCACAGACUCACCAAAAUUGGAAAACGCUUGCUGGUCUGAUGAGUCUUAAUUUUUGCUGCGACAUUCGGAUGGUCGGGUCAGAAUUUAGCAUCAACAAUAUGAAAGAAUGGAUCCAUCCUGCCUUGUAUCAACAGUUCAGGCUGGUGGUGGUGGUGUAAUGGUGUGGGGGAUAUUUCCUUGACACACUUUGGGCUCAUUAGUACCAACUGAGCAUCGAGUAAACACCACAGCCUACCUGAGUAUUGUUGCUGACCAUGCCCAUCCCUUUAUGACCACAGUGUACCCAUCUUCUGAUGACUACUUUCAGCAGGAUAACGCACCAUGUCAUAAAGCGUGAAUCAUCUCAGACUGGUUUCUUGAACAUGACAAUGAGUUCACUGUACUCAAAUGGCUUCCACAGUCACCAGAUAUUAAUCCAAUAGAGCAACUUUGGGAUGUGGUGGAACGGGAGAUUCACAUCAUGGUUGUGCAGCAGCCGACAAAUCUCCAGCAACUGUGAUGCUAUCAUGUCAAUAUGGAGCAAAAUCUCUGAGGAAUAUUUCCAAUACCUUGUUAAAUCUAUCCCACGAAGGAUUAAGGCAGUUCUGAAGGCAAAACGAAGUCCAACCUGGCACUAGUAAGGUGUACCUAAUAAAGUGGCCGAUGCCUUGCACAUUGAAGUGGUUCUUGGAUUUUUUUGGUGACCAAAAAUCAAACAUUGAAAUGUAUAUUAAUGUUACAAAUACUCCACAUUUUUAUGGCAUUGUUCCUUAAAGCACGGGUUCUCAAACUUUUCAGCUCGCGACCCCCAAAAUAACAAUGCCAGUGGCUCGCGACCCCCAAUAUCCUCUGAGGUGGUUAUAAAUACAAAAACUUUGCAUGCAAUGGUGCACACACACCAAUAGACCUAAGUCUAUUCCUCGUAGAUUUUUUUUAUGUAUGUUAGUGCUGUAAAUGGCCCAGAAAGCAUAGCUUCAGAUGCAGCUAUGCUGUGUGUUUAAUAUAAUGUAAUUACCCCAGCGAUCGCAAUUGAAUAGAACUAGUAACUAUUAGCUACUAUAGUAACUUUAUAAAGUAGUAUAUAGUAACUACAGUAUAAAUUACUAUUUUUUUCUAGGUUAUGGAUAAAAUAUGGUAAUUCUUAUGGUUUAAUAAAAAUAAAUAGAUUUUUGGAAAUCACCAGGCGACCCCCUUUCAUUGUCCCACGACCCCUCGGGGGUCCCGACCCCCACUUUGAGAACCACUGCCUUAAAGGACACUUUGCAUUACAGAUUUCUCCACACCCAAGUGCUUUUAAAUGAGAAUGAUUUCUUUAAAUCAUCUGGCUGUACAUGCAAAUGCUUCAAAUUUCUGACUCAAAAAUAAAUGACACAUUCCCUAUGUACUGUAUACAUAUGACAGGAUACAAAUUUUUCAUAUGUGCAAAUUCAAACUAUAGCCCACAUAAAUCCUCCUUAAAACACUAGGAUUGUAUUUUACACAUUUAAGUCCUUCUAAUCCUCAGAACUCUGAGACAUUCACCUCAGGUAUAAAGGUUUUAUGAACAGACAGCAAAAGCCCAAGACAAUGUCAAUCCCUCCGGCAGUAGAAAAACCCUUUAUUCUGCAGUGAUUGUCCGUGUAGCAGUAAAUAGCCUAGGGAUGCUGUGUGUGUGUGUGACAUUUUAAUAAAACAAUACUAGAGUUCUAAAAUGUGUGUUAGAUUUAUAGACUGUUUAUUUGUAUAUGUAUAAUGUGUGUGUUGAUCUGAAUAAAAAUACUUUUUCAA